AUGAAUUAAGUAUAGGAAGAACAAUCUAAAGUUGAUUUAAAAAAGAAGUAAUUUGAAGAAUUGCUGUAAAAAUAAGAAUAAGACAGAUAGGCUUAAAAGGAAUAGAAAAAAGUUAGAGAUGAAAUCGAAAAAGAUCCAAAGGAAAGAAUGCUCACAAUUUAAAAAGAAUUCAGACAAUAAUAUGAUAAAAUCUAAGAUAUGAUUAAGAAGUUUAACAAAAAUACAAGCAAUGUCGAAGAGUUCUUUAGCGAAUUUGCUAAACUCAAAGAGUAUUUCGUUACUACUAAUUAUGCAUUAACAACAUUCGAUAAGCAACAAUACAAAGAAUAAUUAGAAAAGAUGGAAAAAAAUAUAUUUUAAGCUCGUGACUUAGCAAGACCAAGAAAAAAAUUUAGAUUCAGUCAAUAAAUAAAUAAAUCACAAAAUAGCCACGACUCCCAGCAAGAAAAUAAUCAAAAAGAAUAAGCUCAUAAAGAUUUCGGAGAAGAUAUCCCUGGUUUAAUUAAUAUUUCUAAUGAAAAAAUAGUUAUUAACUCAGGAGAAGAAAAUAAAUAUUUUAAACAAUCUUCUACUAUAAGAAUAGUAAAUAUAACUGAUAGCGAAAUAUACUUAAAUGAUAUUUUUGACACUGUUUACAUAAGAAACAUUAAUAAUUCUAAAAUUUAUAUUGGGCCUGUUAAAUUUUCACUCCUCAUAGAUGGGUGUAAGAAUUCUCUAUUAAACAUAUGUGGUCAUCAGCUGAGAAUUCAUAAUUCAGUAUCAACUCAUUUCUAAAUUUUCUCUACUAGUAAGUGUAUAAUCGAGCACUGUACAAGUAUGAUCUUCUCUCCCUAUAAGCACACUUAUGAUAAAUUCGAAUAGCACUUCAAUGAAUGUGGAAUGAAAGGAAAGGAAAAUCAAUGGAGGGAUAUUCAAGAUUUUAAUUGGCUUAAAUAAGAGGCUUCACCCAAUUUUAUAUUAAAAGAAGAUUGA